CAUAUCUAUAUAAAAGACUACUACCAUCGUCUUACUUAUCAUUACCAAACAACCUGCAGAUCUUGCCACAGCCAAAAAUUAAAAUGCUUCGAAUCGUUAUCAUUCCUCUGUUCUUUGCUGCUUGCAAUGCAGGUAUACUUGGUGAAGUUUCGUACUCCGCACCUGUUGCUUAUUCUGCUCCAUUAGCUGCAGCCUAUGCAGCUCCUGUCAUUAAGGCAGCUGCCAUUCCUGCAGCCACAUCUUAUCAAAAUACUCUGAAGUUCUCGAAAUCUGCCCUUGUUGCCGCUCCAGCAGUAACUUAUGCAGCCCCAGCUCCUGUCGUUAAAUAUACCGCGCCAGCCCCAAUUGUUAAAUACGCCGCUCCAGCACCUUUAACUUAUGCAGCUCCAGCAUCCUACGCCUACGCUUCUCCAGCGUCCUAUGCGUACGCUGCUCCAGCGCCAAUUAUUAAAGCUGCCCCAGCAAUCUCUUAUGCUGCGCCUGCGCCAAUUUUCAAGGCUGCUCCUGCUAUUUCUUACGGUGCACCAGCUAUUUCUUACGGUGCCCCAGCUAUUUCUUAUGCCGCAGCUGCUCCAGUGCUUAAAGCUGCUGCUCCUAUCUCUUACGCUGCACCCGCAUUGUCUUAUGCUGCGCCAGCACCUAUUUAUAAGGCAGCUCACCUGUCCUAUGCUGCCCCUGCUCCAAUUUUGAAAUCAGCACCUAUUUGGUAAUUAAAAAUGUAAUAAAUUAUAAACAUUUCAUGUAUUUAUGAAUGCGCUUUAAUGUUUUUGUAUUGUUAUUUUGACAUGUAUAAAUAAAUUUGUUUUUAUAGAA